AUGACGGAGAAUAUUUUUCUUUUUGUUCCGAACCUUAUUGGCUAUGCCAGGAUACUUCUUCUAAUAGCCUCUUGUUGGUAUAUGCCUUCAAAUCCAAUUCGAGCAAUCAUAACUUAUUUUCUCUCGGCACUUCUUGAUGCGGUCGAUGGUCAUGCUGCUAGAUUUCUUAAUCAAAGUACAAAAUUUGGUGCCAUGCUUGAUAUGCUGAGCGAUCGUUGUACAACAAUGUGCUUGCUCUUUGUUCUUGGAACAUUUUAUCCCCGUUGUCUGUUCCUUUUCCAAAUUUCAGCAACAAUCGAUAUUGCCAGCCAUUGGCUACAUGUUCACUCAUCCAUUCAGGGCGGUUCCAGCAGUCAUAAGGCGAUAGAUCUUACUGGAAAUCCACUUCUUCGAGUCUAUUAUACUAAUAGGAAGGUUUUGUUUGGAAUGUGUGCAGGAAACGAGUUGUUCUACGGUAUGCUCUACCUACUCCACUUCUUUGAAGGUCCCAGAUUUCUCGGGUUGGGAGUCUUCUAUUGGCUUCUCUUUUUGAGUCUGCCGAUUGCUCUUCUCAAGACCUUUAUCAGCCUCGUUCAUCUCUACGCUGCGUCUGUCAAUAUUGCUGGCUUGGAUGUUAUCGACCGCAGAAAUCUCCAAUUAAGUCAGGAGAAAAGUCAUUGA